UCCUUUAAAAAGAGAAUAUAGCCACCUUGAUUCGGGUUGGCAGCCGGAGAAGUGUAAAAGAGAGCGCCUUUCUUAUGCUCACUGUGUCAUCUACGAGACUCGAGUUCAUGAGGCAGUAGUGGUUCUCUCGACGCAAAUAGGCUACUACAAUCGUAACUUGAUCUCCCCCUGUUUGGUGUCGUCUGCGGUUGGUAGGGUCCUCGCCAGUUACACAUGUGUGCCUGUCACUUCUGGAUCCCUUCGUCCACAAAACCUCUGCAUCUUUCACUGCGCUGCGCUGUCCUCUACUGUUGAGUGGUCAGACACACUGUUAUUCAAGAGCAGUGGAAAUCUGUCAACAAGCCCGUCGCCGGCAUCGCUUUAUUUUAUCCAGUGUUCUACGGGACUAUCCAAUCUUUUGAAAUAGCUGGAAUGAGAGUUGUGUUUGCCGGAACAUCUUUACCACCGACUAUUCCAUUCACAAAACAGCGUCGCAUUCUGUAGAAGUUGGAGCAUCAUUUGGUGAAGUUUUGACGCACCGGUAGGCUAAUAGUCAACAAUGGAAUUCUAAGCGACAGAACCACACCAGGUAGCCGAGCCUAAGCGGAGCGGGUCGGGCGGAGCCUCCCUCCUCCACCUCCUCCACCCAAGCCUCUCUCCUCCACCGGCCAAGUCCGAUCAGAGCGAGCGAGCGCGCGCGUGUGUGUUUAUCCGCCGUGGCGGCGAAGCAUGCUGACAGUAUGGAGGUGAAGGAACGCAGGCCCUACUGCUCGCUGACCAAGAGCAGACGCGACAAGGAGCGACGCUACACGGGCUCGUCCGGCGACAGCGAGGAGUGCGGCGGGGGCCCGGGACCCAGGGUGCCCACCCAGAAGUCCUACAGCUCCAGUGAAACACUCAAGGCCUUCGACCAGCAGGAUUCGUCCCGGCUCCUGUACGGGGGCAGAGUGAAGGAGAUGGUUCAUCGUCAACAGGACGAGUACACCCAGCAAGGGCAGAACUUCAACCUGAGGCAGCUGGGGAUCUGCGAGCCGGCCACGCGCCGCGGCCUGGCCUUCUGCGCCGAGAUGGGCCUCCCCCACCGCGGCUACUCUGUCGGCGCCGGCUCCGACGCCGACACGGAGAACGAGGGCGUGAUGUCACCGGAGCGUGCCAUGCGCCUGUGGGGACGCGGCGUGAAGUCCGGCGGCCGGAACUCGUGCCUGUCCAGCCGGUCCAACUCGGCGCUGACCCUCACCGACACGGAGCACGAGAACAAGUCCGACAGUGAGAACGGUUCUCCCAUGCCAUCCUCUCUAUCCAGCCCAUCAGUCACUGACCAUUCACACUCGCAACCGCCAUCCCCCAAUCUCCAUGACAACCAGAGCACGUUGCUAAGUAGCGCCGGUCCCCAGCCGGUGGUCCACGACUCGGACUCGGACUCGGAAGAGUACCCAGCCGAGCUGUACUUACCUGUAACGCGGGUCACGGCUCACAGUCACCACGGUCACGCCUGUGAUGAGCAACCGUCCAAUCACCACCAGCAGGGCCAGCCCGCGCUGCCACCGGCUCCGGCUCCCCACAAGCAGCAGCCGUCGGUCACGGCGCUCAACCACAACUCCCUGAGCAGCCGCAACCGCAACCCCAGCCCGGCCCCACCGGCCGUCCUCCCCGCCGAGCUGCAAACCACACCUGAGUCCGUGCCGCUGCAGGACAGCUGGGUCCUGGGCAGCAAUGUGCCGCUGGAGAGCAGAAAAUUAGCAAAGCAAGCAGUUCUCGAAAACGGGCAUGACAACCUGAUUGAGAUGGACGUGUUCCCUCCCGCGUGCCACGAAGGCGCCUAUGGGGACGGGCACUUCCUCUUCAAGACAGGCACCGGCACCACCCCUCUGUUCAGCACGGCCACCCCGGGCUACACCAUGGCGACGGGCACGGUCUACUCGCCGCCCACUCGGCCCCUACCCAGGAACACGCUCUCCCGCUCCGCCUUCAAGUUCAAGAAGUCGUCCAAGUACUGCUCAUGGAGGUGCACGGCCCUGAGCGCCGUGGGACUCUCCAUCCUACUGUCCGUGUUGCUCUGCUACUGCAUAGCCAUGCAUCUGUUCGGUCUUAACUGGCAGCUGCAGGAGACCGAUGGCUACACCUUUGAGAACGGCCAGGGGAAGUCAGACACCACACCCAACACCGUCACGGCUCUGGCCGCCGACAACGGUAAAUUCGGGGUGUUCCUGCAGGAGAACAACACCAUUGACACGGGGGAGGUGGACGUCGGGCGCAGGGCCGUCCAGGAGGUGCCUCCCGGGAUCUUCUGGCGUUCCCAGCUCUACAUCGACCAGCCCCAGUUCCUCAAGUUCAACAUCUCCGUUCAGAGGGACGCCCUGGUCGGGGUCUACGGCAGGAAGGGCCUGCCUCCCUCACACACACAGUAUGACUUUGUGGAGCUGCUGGACGGCAGUCGUCUGAUCACCAAGGAGAAUCGCGGUCUGGUGGAGGUCGAGGGCGGGUCCAGGAGAGCGCGCUCGGUGAGUGUGCACGAGGCCGGCUUCAUCCAGUACCUGGACUCUGGCAUCUGGCACCUGGCCUUCUACAACGACGGCAAGAACUCAGAACAGGUCUCCUACAACACCAUUGUCAUAGAGUCCGUUAUGGAGUGUCCCCACAAUUGCCAUGGCAACGGCGACUGUCUCUCCGGAACGUGUCAUUGUUUCCCAGGUUUCCUUGGGCCUGAUUGUUCCAGAGCUGCGUGUCCAGUGCUGUGCAGUGGCAAUGGCCAGUACUCCAGGGGGCGCUGUCUCUGCUUCAGCGGCUGGAAGGGGACAGAAUGUGAUGUGCCCAGUAACCAGUGCAUUGACAUCCACUGUGGAGGACAUGGCAUCUGUAUCAUGGGCAUAUGUGCCUGCAACACCGGAUACAAGGGAGACAACUGUGAAGAAGUUGACUGCCUGGACCCGGGAUGCUCCGCCCACGGCGUGUGCAUCCAUGGCGAGUGCCACUGUAGCCCGGGCUGGGGCGGAGCCAACUGUGAGAUCCUGAAGACGAUGUGUCCCGACCAGUGCUCCGGCCACGGCACCUUCCAGAGCGAGAGCGGCAUGUGCACCUGCGACGCCAACUGGACCGGCCCCGACUGCUCCGUCGAGGUGUGUGCGGUGGACUGCGGCAGCCACGGCGUGUGUUUCGGGGGCAGCUGCCGCUGUGAAGAGGGCUGGACGGGCGCGGUCUGCGACCAGAAGGCCUGCCACCCCAUGUGCACCAAGAACGGAGUCUGUAAAGAGGGCAAGUGUGAGUGCAACCAGGGAUGGACCGGAGAACACUGCAACAUCGCUCACAAUCCGGAUAUUAGAGUCAAAGGAUUUAAAGAGGGAUGCCCGGGUCUCUGCAACAACAACGGCCGCUGCACGCUGGACCAGAACGGCUGGCACUGCGUGUGCCAGUCAGGCUGGCGCGGGGCGGGAUGUGACGUCGCCAUGGAGACCCUCUGCACCGAUGGCAAGGACAACGAAGGAGACGGGCUGGCUGACUGCAUGGACCCAGACUGCUGCCUGCAGACGUCCUGCCAGACCCAGACGUACUGCCGCGGCUCCCCGGACCCGGCCGACGUCAUCGGCCAGAGCCCGUCCGGCCUGGCGCCCCAGCAGGCGGCCCGCUCCUUCUACCAGCGCAUCCGGUUCCUGGUCGGUCCGGACAGCAGCCACGUGGUCACCGGGGACAACCCCUUCAACAAGAGCCUGGUGUCCAUAAUCCGAGGUCAGGUCCUGACGGCGGACGGAACCCCUCUCAUCGGAGUCAACGUCACCUUCGUCCACUACCCCGACCACGGUUACACCAUCACGCGCCGGGACGGCAUGUUUGACCUCUUGGCCAAUGGGGGGGCCAGUUUGACCCUAAGCUUCGAGCGCGCCCCAUUCCUGACCCAGUACCGCACCGUGUGGAUCCCCUGGAACGUCUUCUACGUCAUGGACACCCUGGUCAUGAAGAAGGAAGAGAAUGACAUCCCCAGCUGUGACCUGAGUGGAUUCAUCCGGCCCAGUCCUGUGAUCGUGGCCUCGCCCCUCUCUACCUGCUUCAGGUCCUCGCCCGAAGACGGACCCAUCGUACCUGAGACCCAGGUCCUUCAAGAAGAAACCUCGAUCCCGGGCAGUGACCUCAACCUGCUAUACUUGUCCUCGCGUGCGGCUGGCUACAAGCCGGUCCUCAAAGUCACCAUGACGCAGGCCAGUGUGCCCUUCAACCUUAUGAAGGUACACCUAAUGGUGGCUGUGGUGGGUCGCCUGUUCCAGAAGUGGUUCCCUGCCCAACCCAACUUGUCCUACACCUUCAUCUGGGACAAGACUGAUGCCUACAACCAGAAGGUCUAUGGCUUGUCUGAAGCAGUCGUGUCGGUGGGUUUUGAGUACGAGUCGUGUCUCGACCUGAUCCUCUGGGAGAAGAGGACGGCCACGCUGCAGGGCUACGAGCUGGACGCGUCCAACAUGGGUGGCUGGACGCUGGACAAACACCACAUACUGGAUGUCCAGAAUGGCAUCCUCUACAAGGGCAACGGCGAGAAUGUGUUCAUUUCCCAGCAGCCCCCAGUGAUCAGCAGCAUCAUGGGAAACGGCCGGCGCCGCAGCAUCUCGUGCCCCAGCUGUAACGGCCAGGCGGAGGGCAACAAACUUCUGGCCCCCGUGGCUCUGGCCUGUGGGGCCGACGGGAGCCUCUUUGUGGGAGACUUUAACUACAUCAGACGCAUCUUCCCCUCUGGUAACGUCACCAGCGUCAUGGAGCUCCGAAAUAAAGAUUUCCGACAUAGCAACAACCCGGCCCAUCGGUACUACCUGGCGACGGACCCGGUGACGGGGCAGCUGUACGUGUCGGACACCAACUCCAGGCGGAUAUACCGGCCCAAGGUCCUGACGGACACCAAGGAGCUGCUCCAGAACGGAGAGGUGGUGGUGGGGACCGGGGAGCAGUGUCCCCCCUUCGACGAGGCCCGCUGCGGAGACGGGGGCAAGGCCACUGAGGCCCUCCUCAUGGGACCCAAAGGUAUUACGGUAGAUAAGAACGGCUACAUCUACUUUGUGGACGGAACCAUGAUCAGAAAAGUGGACCGGAACGGGAUCAUCUCCACGCUGCUAGGCUCCAAUGACCUCACUUCAGCACGACCUCUGACCUGUGACACCAGCAUGCACAUCAGACAGGUUCGUCUGGAGUGGCCCACAGGCCUGGCCAUCAAUCCCAUGGACAACUCCAUUUAUGUCCUGGAUAACAAUGUGGUGCUGCAGAUCACUGAGAACAGACAGGUGCGGAUCGUGGCGGGUCGGCCCAUGCACUGCCAGGUCCCGGGGAUAGAGUACACGCUGGGCAAGCGCGCGGUGCAAACCAUGCUGGAGGGAGCCGCCGCAAUCGCCCUGUCCUACAGCGGCAUGCUCUACAUCGCCGAGACGGACGAGAAGAAGAUACACCGCAUUCGACAGGUGUCCACGGACGGGGAGAUUACCCACCUGGCGGGGGCUCUGUCGGACUGCGACUGCAAGAACGACGCCAACUGCGACUGCUACCAGACGGGCGACGGCUACGCCAAGGACGCCCGCCUCAACUCCCCGUCGUCGCUGGUGGUGUCGCCCGACGGCACGCUCUACGUGGCCGACCUGGGCAACAUCCGGAUCCGCGCCGUCCGGCGCAACCAGCCGCCGUCGGGCUCGGUGGCAUCCAGCCCGGGCUCGUUUGAGGUGGCCUCGCCCGCAUCCCAGGAGCUCUACGUGUUCGAUGCCAAUGGCACCCACCAGUACACCAUGUCGCUCGUCACCGGCGACUACAAGUACAACUUCAGCUACAGCAACGAGGAGGACGUCACGGCCGUGACGGACAGCAGCGGCAACACCCUGAGGAUCCGCCGCGACCCCAACCGCAUGCCGGUCAGGAUCGUCUCUCCGGACAACCAGGUGAUCUGGCUGACGAUAGGCACCAACGGUGGGCUGAAGACUCUGACCGCCCAGGGACAGGAGCUGGUGCUGUUCACCUACCACGGCAACAGUGGGCUGCUGGCCACCAAGAGCAUCCAGAUAGGAUGGACCACCUUCUAUGACUACGACGGCGAGGGCCGCCUGACCAACGUGACGUUCCCCACGGGCGUGGUGACCAACCUGCACGGGGACAUGACCGGCGCCAUCACGGUGGAUAUCGAGACGUCGGGCCGGGAUGAGGACGUCAGCAUCACCACCAACCUCUCAUCCAUCGACUCCUACUACACACUGGUCCAGGACCAACUGAGGAACAGCUAUCAGGUGGGCUAUGACAACUCCCUGAGAGUGAUCUACGCCAACGGGAUGGAUACCCACUACCAGACCGAGCCUCACAUCCUGGCGGGCGCGGCCAACCCCACGGUGGCGCGGCGGAACAUGACCCUGCCCGGCGAGAACGGGCAGAACCUGGUGGAGUGGCGCUUCCGCAAGGAGCAGACCCGGGGGAAAGUCAUCGUGUUCGGAAGGAAGCUCAGGGUAAACGGCAGAAACCUCCUCUCGGUGGACUACGACAGAACUCUCCGGACGGAAAAGAUCUACGACGACCACCGGAAGUUCCUGCUGAAGAUCGUCUAUGACACUCAGGGUCACCCGACUCUGUGGGUCCCCAGCAGCAAGCUCCUGUCAGUCAACCUCACCUACUCCAGCUCGGGACAGGUGACUGGCUUACAGAGGGGUCCCACCACAGAGAAGGUGGACUACGACAGUCAGGGGAGAAUCGUGACCCGCGUGUUUGCAGAUGGAAAAACCUGGAGUUACACAUACUUGGACAAGUCCAUGGUUCUUCUGCUCCACAGUCAGCGUCAGUACAUCUUCGACUACGACCUGUUCGACCGCUUGUCGGCCAUCACCAUGCCCUCUGUGGCGCGUCACACCAUGCAGACCAUUCGCUCCGUGGGCUACUACCGCAACAUUUACAACCCCCCGGAGAGCAAUGCCUCGGUCACUGUCGACUACAGCGAAGACGGACAGCUCCUCAGAGUGGCACACCUCGGGACAGGUCGUAGGAUUUUAUAUAAAUACAGAAGACAAAACAAGUUGGCGGAGAUCUUAUACGAUUCCACGAGGGUGAGCUUUACGUAUGACGAGACAGCCGGCGUGCUGAAGACGGUCAACCUCCAGAGCGAGGGAUUCAUCUGCUCGAUCAGGUACCGCCAAAUCGGACCGCUGGUGGACAGGCAGAUCUUCCGGUUCAGCGAGGACGGCAUGGUCAACGCUCGGUUUGAUUACACCUACGACAACAGCUUCAGGGUCACUAGUAUGCAGGCAGUCAUCAACGAGACGCCUCUGCCAAUCGACCUCUACCAGUUUGACGACAUCUCCGGGAAGGUGGAGCAGUUCGGGAAGUUUGGCGUGAUCUACUAUGACAUCAACCAGAUCAUCUCCACAGCGGUCAUGACCUACACCAAACACUUUGAUGUCCACGGCCGGAUCAAGGAGAUCCAGUAUGAGAUCUUCAGAUCCCUCAUGUACUGGAUCACCAUCCAGUACGACAACAUGGGCCGGGUGACUAAGCGUGAAAUCAAGAUCGGACCAUUCGCCAACACGACUAAGUACGGUUACGAGUAUGACGUGGACGGUCAGCUCCAGACAGUCUACCUGAAUGAGAAGAUGAUGUGGCGCUACAACUACGACCUCAACGGUAAUCUCCACCUGCUCAACCCUGGGAACAGCGCCCGGCUGACGCCGCUACGCUACGACCUCCGGGACCGCAUAACCCGGCUCGGGGAUGUUCAGUACCGGUUGGACGAUGACGGCUUCCUGCGCCAGAGAGGUGCUGAUAUCUUUGAGUACAACUCCAAGGGGCUUCUUGUUCGUGUCUACAGCAAAGCAAACAGUUGGACCAUCCAGUACCGUUACGACGGGUUGGGUCGCCGUGUGGCCUCUAGAACCAGCCUUGGCCAGCACCUCCAGUUCUUCUACGCGGACCUGAACUACCCGACCAGGAUAACACACGUCUACAACCACAGCAGCUCGGAGAUCACCUCGUUUUACUAUGACUUGCAGGGACACCUCUUUGCCAUGGAGAUCAGUAGCGGCGAGGAGUUCUACAUCGCCUGCGACAACACGGGGACGCCUCUCGCGGUGUUCAGCAGCAACGGGCUCCUCCUGAAACAGGUCCAGUACACUGCAUAUGGCGAGGUCUACUUCGACUCCAACCCGGACUUUGUCCUGGUGAUUGGUUUCCACGGUGGUCUGUACGACCCCCUGACCCGCCUGCUGCAUUUUGGGGACCGGGACUAUGACAUCCCGGCCGGUCGGUGGACCACACCGGACAUCGGGACGUGGACAAGAGUCGGGAAGGACCCGGCGCCGUUCAACCUGUACAUGUUCAGAAACAACAACCCUGUCAGCAAAGUCCAUGAGGUCAAGGAGUACGUCACUGAUGUCAACAUAUGGCUGGUCACGUUUGGUUUCCACCUUCACAACGCCAUCCCAGGGUUCCCCAUCCCCAAGUUCGACCUUACCCAGCCCUCCCUGGAGAUGAAGAAGAGCCAGCUCUGGGAUGACCUGCCUUCAAUCUCAGGGGUGCAACAGGAAGUGACCCGACAAGCCAAGGCCUUCCUGUCUUUUGAGAGGAUGCCGGAAAUCCAGCUGAUCCGACGCCGCUCCAGCCGGGAGAAACCCUGGCUGUGGUUCGCCACGGCCAAGUCGCUAAUCGGCAAGGGCGUGAUGCUGGCGGUGACACAGGGCCGCGUGGUCACCAACGCCCUGAACAUCGCCAACGAGGACUGCAUCAAGGUGGCCGCCGUCCUCAACAACGCCUUCUACCUGGAGGACCUGCACUUCACGGUGGAGGGUCGCGACACGCAUUACUUCAUCAAGACCAGCCUGCCCGAGAGCGACCUGGGCGCGCUGAGGUUGACCAGCGGGAAGAAGAGCCUGGAGAACGGCGUCAACGUCACCGUGUCCCAGUCCACCACCGUCGUCAACGGCCGCACCCGGCGCUUCGCCGAUGUGGAGCUGCAGUACGGCGCACUGGCGCUCCACGUGCGCUACGGCAUGACCCUGGACGAGGAGAAGGCGCGCGUCCUGGAGCAGGCCCGGCAGAAGGCGCUGGCGAGUGCCUGGUCGAGGGAGCAGCAGCGGGUGAGGGACGGGGAGGAGGGGGUGAGGUUGUGGACGGAGGGGGAGAAGAGGCAGCUGCUGAGCGGCGGCAAAGUGCUGGGCUACGACGGCUACUACGUCCUCUCCAUCGAGCAGUACCCCGAGCUAGCCGACUCGGCUAACAACAUCCAGUUCCUCAGGCAGAGCGAGAUAGGGAAGAGGUAACAGACAUAAUCCUCGGCACUGGCCGCCAAAGAGACUGCCCUAAACACCCCCCCAACCGCCUUCCUUCGCCUCCCCCUUUCCAACCUAGAGCUGCAUAUAGUGCUGCCUGGCUGAAAGAAAAAGUAAAGUAACAGUAAAAAUGUAGAAAUAUUCCAAACUAAAUUACACACUGAGGCCUGAAAAUGAAACAAAAUGGCUCCAUGUUUGUCCGAAGUUCUAUACAGCGUUGAAUGGACUGUGGACUCUCUUCAAAAGAGAGAAACAAGUCAAAACUUUCAGUUUGUUAAAGGAAAAAAAAAAGGUUGUUUUUUUUGGUUCUGUUUUUUAAUGAACAUACUGAUUUACUUUCAGAUGAAGAGAAAGAAAAAAGACGAAAAGAUGUGUUUACAAAUGUGUACCACUAUAAUGCGUCUGAACUAAUACGUAGACAGAAAACUUCUUGGUUUCUUACAAAGGACAAUGUCUAUAAUCUGAUUCCACACCCUGGCGACUGACCUAAAACCUUUGCAUACUGGAAAGGAUAGCGUUGCUGUUUGCAAGACUGUAGGACAAUGGGUCUCCAAUGAUGUUAACAAGGCAGUUGAAAACCACUUGUUGAAACCACUCGCUUGUUCUUCUGCUUUUCUUUUUAAAAGGGACGCUACCACCUAGUGACUUCUUUGCCAUUACUAGAUCAAAGUAAGAUGUCCUAUCCGUGACUUUGGGAAUCAGGGGUGCGUGUGUGUAUACAAUUGAGACAAGUUGUGUGUGUGUGUGUGUGUGUGUAAAGGAAGAACUUAAUCGUUGAAAUGAAAGAAUCAUAUCCAACCAAUCUUUUGAACAACUGUGUGAGACAGUAUCUUUAUGGAUUUUUUAUGCAGAUUAAAAAUUCCAAAUUUAUCCGUACAUCAAUAUUAGUCUCUCAGAGAAAGUAAUUUAUGUACAGUGUUUAUACAUAAAAAAAAUAAAAUCUUAAAAAAUAUGAAGAUUUUUUUUCCUUCGUCAUGCAUUACUGUUUAUCCUCUUCAUAAGUUUUAAAUAUUUUAUCCUAUUAGAAGUUAUGGUAAUGCUUAUUGAAAUACAUUUGAAAAAAUCCACCCUACUGUAUUAUUGAUUUUUGCAUUGAGAAUAUUCCAAGUAGGGUUUUUAUUUUUAUUUUCUUGCCUUUAUUGAUCAGAUUUCUCUGAUAUCUGAGAUAAAUCACAUUUUAGUUUGGCACUUAUAUUUUUUAUUAGAAAAGUGUCCGUUGAAUGGUCGAUGUCAGACGAUUAUAUCGUAGGGAACACUAGGCUACUGUUGUCAAGUGCUGCAGAAUAGUUUGGCUGUGAAGUAUGGUAGUAUAUUCUGCCUUGUGAAAAUAGCCUUUGAGUCUCCAGUCCCUUUGAGUAGGACAAAACCGAGGUCUUCAGCUUGUCUUCAGCUAGAGGGUUUGAAAACCAAACACCUUGGUUUUCUAACCUACGUAGAUAUAAUUUCUGCCUUUAAUACAGUAUAAAAAAAAACAUGCUUUAUCUUAGAUCUCAGUUUCGCUAUCAUAAUCACUGUUAGGGCUGGAAAAUAAUAUGAAAAUGAAUCCCUUUGCAGAAUCGAGGGAAUUAGCAUGGACGACAUGCUCCAAAUGGGAAUCCGUCAAUUGGGUUUCCUAGGAAUGUUUCUGGAGUUUUCCAAUCCAACACACUAUAGCUCUUUGCUGUCUCUCUGUAGCCACCUUAGGAAGAGCUUAAUUCACGUUCCUUCUACCAGCACAGAUAACUGCAGCAGCGAGUACUGCACAUAACCAAAUAUGACGAGCCCCUUGUCUUCAACAGAUUCAAGGCCGUUAUAGUCCAAGGGGCCCUUUAACACCAUGCUCGUUAAUGUAUUCCUACCACUUCACUUUUUUUAAAUCCUAAACGUGGCUUGAAAUACAAAUAUUACACAAUAUGAAGUGCAAACACAAUCAUAUCAAACUGUUCAUUCGCUAGAGCAAAGGGCCAGAGUUUAGCACGAGUUCCACUGGGGAAAAGCGAGAGAGACAAGCUUUGGGGAAAAAGCCUACAAAUAGCUUUACAGUAUGUGCAUUCUAGGUAAUUUUACCAGACAUAACCUAAAUGGCUAUAGAGGGGGUAAUGUAAAGGAAUUUCCAGGCGGUGAACAUGAUACGCACUUUGAACUCUUCCUGCUCCUUACACAUCGCUCGCUGCGAGAGGAAUGACACACAUUCACCCACAAGAAAAAACAACAAUUUCGUGUGGGUUUUAUUUUUUACGCAAAACUUUGAUUAUUCUAAAUGCUUUCGUGAUGAUUUAAACCACGCUUAAAGUGACUGUGCCAGUCAAACUUAACACACCCAGGAGCCAUAGCCAAACAGAAGACUACAGUACCACUCACACAGACUCUGUUUCAAUGUUGCUUUUUCAGUCAAUGCAACCGCCUCAUAGUUCAAAAGAGUUCAAUUUUCUUUUUGGUAAACAGAUUGUAAUUAAAAAAAGGAAAAAAAAAGACUGACGAAUGAGAAAGUGUUUUUUGUUGCUGUUAUUGUGUUUCUUUUUUAUAUCGAUCAUUGAGUUGUAUUGCCUAGCUUAUUUUUCUAUUUGUAUGUGACUAGCUGGAUAAAGAGUGGGAAGAAGACGUGCUCCAAGUUUGUGAGUUUUGCUAUGCUGUUUUCGGACUGUCUGUGGUACUAUUCGUUGGUCUGUGUUAUGUGCCAUGUAUUCUGCAGGGGGGUUCUCUCGGGUUGCUCCAGCCCCUGCAGUCUCACAUUUGAUUCUAUGAUUAUCCCCUCUCCUCCUCCAUCACAUGCACGUGAUCCAGUCAAGCCGUGCAUCCUGGGUUUGACUCGGGAGACUUUCGAAAUAGCAUCUGCGCACAGUCAGACAAAAAUACCCAUUAAGUGCUGCUCUUUAACUAGGAUACAUAAACUGUAUCAGAUAACGCCUACUGGAGCAGACCACCUAGUAACGAGUAAAAAAAAAGAAAUUGGUUUUGAAAAUUGUCAUCCCAUUAAAAUGUAGGAAGGGAUGCGUGCUGGGUAAUGUGCUGUCCAAAAAGUGAGGUCUGAGGAGGAACCAUUUCUGUUGACUAUUGUUUGCAUGCUUAGAAAAGGAAAAUGCUCAUCCAUCCAAAACCAGGACAUUUCAGUCAUUGUUUGCCAUCUGUGUUAGAACAGAGAUUUACUUCCAUGUCUAUGUGGUCAAAUGCUUCUGUAUUAUAUUGCACUAUAAUGUAACAGCGUUAACGUUCAGUCUGUACAAUAACCUUAACAUGAAGGCCAAUGCCGGAACAGGUCUAGGAUCGGCCUGGGGGGGGGGGGGGCGGGUUGAAACUGACUGCAGAACAGUGUCUAAGGGGAUCACGUCUACAGCAUCUUUAGCUUUUUCUAAAAGGUGAUUCGGAUGAGGUACUGCCUUAUUAUAGGGACUAAGAGGGAGUACACAGUUCGCUAGAAAGGCUUCAGAUGGCUGACCGUUAUGCCCUAGUGCAUCAGCUGUUACUAAUUCUAUCCAUUUUGUUUCCGAGGUAAUGAGGAUGCCAAGGCCACCUCCCUCAACCUAACAAAAAAUCCGGCAAACAUUUUACAGACUUCUAGGGAUGUUCUAAGUGAACGCCCAAGCUAACACGGCAACGUUGAGGUAACGUCCUGAGGUCGGUGUGUUUGCUGGGAUUCUCCCGUGUGGUGUGGUGAGAACAAUUUGAGAAAAUGUUUGUUUGUAUUUUUUUGUUGAGACAUGUUUUGCUUUGGAGAUUGAGGGAAUGGAGGAUUUGAAAGGAUUUGCUAAAGAUCUUUGUAUUUUGUCAUUUGUUUUCUUUCUCGCAAAAAUGAAGCAGAUGAGUGAAAAGUGAUAUUAAUUGUACAAUACAAUAAAUGGUGUCAGUCAGUCCUCGCUUUGUAAUGAAGGUACACAAAUAUUGCUUUAAUUUAUUACGAGAUUUGCUCAUUUCUGUCUUUUUUUCUAUCAGCAUCCUCCGCGAAAGGUUCAUCAUGAUAAUAUUGUUUUAUAUAAAGAAACAUAGCUGUUUUAGAGUGCAAUUAAAGUGCAAUUUUAAUGUAAUCUCUGAAAGGUCAUUUCCUGGGAUGCAGUCCCAUUUAUCUCCCACAUGUUAAUGCACCAACAGAGAUCGAUCAUCAUAACAAUAAACAUGUAAUACCGGAAAGGUUUCUGAA